AUGGACCUCCUCAAGCCUCAGGUGGAGAGACGUCGGAGAGAGAGAAUGAACCACAGUCUGGAGAGCCUGAGAACCCUGCUGCUGCAGGGACCACUACAUCAGGGUGUGACUCAGCGUAGGGUGGAGAAAGCUGAGAUCCUGGAACAUGUUCUCUUUCUCCAGAACACUGGAGAUGGGGACAGGAAGAAAGGUGAAGAUGGAGAAAAGCAACAUUCCUUCCAGGAUGGCUUCUCAGGCUGCCUGCAGAGAGCUGCACACUUCCUGGGGCAGGAAGGGGAGGGCCUGCAGCUAGAGGCAGCACUGAACUCUACUUUCUCUGCUCGGCUGAACAGCCAUGCCUGUAUGAACACCGAAGUUCUGGCUAAAGCCCACUCUUCCAACUCUCUGCCCAGCACAACGUGCCACCAGUCCUCAAACCUAAUGAAGAUACAGGAGUCCCACUACUGA